AUGGAAAAUACCGCCCCUCCAAGCUCCGAGGUUCCCAAGUCGCAGCAGACGCAGGUGUAUCCAAGCACCGAAACUCAACUAUCACGGGAUAAACCGCACAAUCUCUUCAACUGGGUCAGGGAACAGAAAUACAAAAUUGCUGGUGCUACAUUUGUUGCCAGUAUGGUCGGUUCCUUCAUUCUAGUUGGUCGGAACCCGUACUUGACUGGCAAACAGAAAAUAGUACAGGCUCGGGUGUAUGCACAAGGCCUCACACUAGCUGUGAUUGUCUCCCUGGCCGCGUUUGAGAUAUCAGACCGACGGAAGCCGUGA